AUGAAGGGAGUAACAAUGAUACAAGUACACACAACUAAAGAAGGUAAGAAGUCCAAGUGUGUUAUCUUAGGGGUUAGGGUGUUGUCGAUAAUCAGUGUAGCAACAUAUAUUGUACUAUUUAGCUUGAUACCAGGAAAGCUUAUGUUAUUUGGACAAGAGCAAAGUAAAGCAUAUAAUAUAUUUGAGGAGAAAGCCAACAUUUUAAAAAAUAAUAAAAUAUUUGGUAAUUAUUACAGAGCAUAUAAUAUUAUAAAUAUUACUUGUGGAUCCUUUUUAAUUUGUUUAAACUUGAUUAAUAUGUUAUGUACAUUUGGAAUAAAUAUGUUAUGUAUAAAAUUAAUUAAUUAUAAGAAAUAUAUACAACCGGUAAAUUUACAUUUACAACUAUUAUUUAUAUCUGUAAUGUUUAUGCAAAACCUUGAAAAUAAAAUAUUUUAUUGUAAUAUAAAAGAAUAUGCUUAUUGGUUUAAAGAUUAUAAUGACGAUAAUAUUACGAAUGUAUUUACAACUGUAGGAAAUAAUUUAUGUGUGAUGCAUAAUUUUGCAUAUAUAUUCCUAUCAUUUUUUUUCUUUUUAUCAUUAAUAGAAUUUUUUGUUUUAUAUAUUCGCACAGACGGAAAUUUCAGAAAAAAAUUUUUUUUAUUCUAUUUGAAGUUAUUUACAGGAUAUAUAUAUUUAUCUCUUUUUUAUAUAUAUUUAAAAAACCGAAAUUUUUUUAAGAAAAUAUUGUCAGAAUAUAAUGUACUUAAUUUAGAAAACCUUAGUGAAACAGUAAAGAUUAUUAUAUACGCCACACAAAAACAAAAGAAUUAUUAUUUCCAAUUAUUAUUAGUAAGUACAAUUAUAUCUGCAGUUGUAUUUUCUAUACUGAGUUAUUACGAUUUGUAUGCUAUUUUAAAAACAUGCAAAUUUGCCCUUUUAGUUGGUAUCUUAACCAAUGCAUGCACCUUAGUUUUUAUUGUAAGCCAAGUGAUGUUCUCUAGUUAUCUAUAUGAAGCAAGUAAAUUUUUUUGUUCAUAUGAAGAAUAUUUGAAAAUUAAUGAGAGUGAGCAAGUCAAAGUUUCAACUACAACGAUUGUACCUUCAAAUAACGUAGAAACAACUUGGUUUUGUAAUUUAAACAUUUUCCUUUAUAUUUAUUUAGCCAAUAAUUUUACUGGUCUUCUAACCUUUCUUAUGGAUUUGGCGCUUUCAGCGUACAUGGUUUUUUCGAAGAAAUAUGUCCUCUAA